GACUGUCGCUGUCCAUUUGAUGCCUGGACACCUCGCUCGCCCUUGCUUCUCGCUCACUUCCCCUAUUGUUACUCAAGAGGUUGCAGAGAACGGUGGCACCUUCAAUGCACCGGGAGGAUGUCAGAGGAAGGGAGUGAAAAUUCUCCGGAUCGCUACCCCCCUCCCUGCCUGACCCCGUCUACCGAAGACACUGCGGAGGAUGCUCCCUCGGCAGGCCAGAAUGGAGCGCUGGGGCUGAGCGGCCUCAUUGCUACCUGCUGCAUCUGCAUGGAGGUGGAACACGUGCGGACUUGCUUAAACUCUGAGAAGAUCUGCAUCAUACCCAUCAUGGCCUGUCUGGUGAGCCUGGGUCUUUGCAUUGCUGGCCUCAAGUGGGUUUUUGUGGACAAGAUAUUUGAGUACGAACCUCUGACGCACCUUGAUCCCAAGCGCAUAGGGCAGGGUCCUAUAAUCUCUGCUGACCAAGCAACAGUGGCCGAAUGGCCGCCACCAUCAACUGCCUUUACCGCCACUUUUCCGAUAUCUGAUUUGAUCCAGACGGUGAACGAUCCUGAUGACCCUUUGGUGCUCCCCUCAACUCCUUAUGCUAGCCCCUCUCCUCAGCCCCCAACCUCCUCUCCUUCCUUCCUACCCUCUGUCGUACUCGAAUCUUUCUCCCCAGACCCUGUCGUCACCAAAAACCGCGAAGUGACAGAAUCAGCGUUUGUAACCCUUCCCCAAAUGACAGAUACAAACCUCAUUAUCGCACCGGCGUUUACUACCACUUCACCAACGCCUUGGUCAGGCCAUGCAAGGCCAUGCAACGAUAGCGAUCGGCACUACUGUGUGAAUGGAGGACAGUGUUUCGUUAUCAAUGGUAUUAAUAAACUCUCCUGUCAGUGUCCAAAUGAAUUUACUGGUGAUCGCUGCCAAAACUACGUUAUGGCCAGUUUCUACAAGCAUCUUGGAAUUGAAUUUAUGGAAGCUGAGGAGCUGUACCAGAAGCGAGUGCUGACGAUAACAGGGAUCUGUAUUGCCCUCCUAGUGGUUGGCAUCAUGUGUGUGGUGGCAUAUUGCAAAACAAAAAAACAACGGAAAAAACUUCACGACCGGCUCAGACAGAGUCUCCGCACUGAGCGAAACAACAUGGUAAACCUCGUGAAUGGACCCCACCACACAAAUCCUCCGGCAGAAAAUGUCCAAUUGGCAAAUCAAUAUAUAAUGAAAAACCCUGGAUCCACUGAGCACGUCAUUGAGCGGGAAACAGAAACUUCAUUCUCUACUAGUCACUACACAUCGACAACCCAUCACUCUACGACAGUCACUCACACGCCCAGCCACAGUUGGAGUACAGGCCAAAUAGAAAGUGUCAUCUCAGACAGCCCCUCUGUGCUGGUAACAUCGUCAAUUGAAACCAGCAGGCACACCAGCCCAAUCAAUCACCGAGGACGACUCAACGGGGUGGCGGGUCGACGAGAGAUGCUUAUCUGUGUAAGGAAUUCCAGAGACACUCCAGACUCUCUCCGAGAUUCACCACAUAGUGAAAGGUUUGUCUCUGCCAUGACCACUCCAGCCAGAAUGUCUCCAGUGGACUUCCGAACACCGGUGUCCCAAAAGUCGCCCAACUGCGAGCUAUCACCGCCAGUGUCUAGCCUGACUAUAUCCAUGCCAUCAGUGACCAUUAGCCCUUUAAUUGAGGAGGAGAGGCCUCUGCUUCUGGUGAUCCCGCCUCGUCAGCGGGAGAAGAGGCAAGACCCGUACAAGCAGUACCACAACUCCGCCCAGGACAGUGGCAGCAUCCCAGCCAGCCCACUACGGGUGGUCGAGGAUGACGAGUACGAGACCACCCAAGAGUACGAGCCGACGCUCGAGUCCCCCAAGAAAGGGGCCGGCAACAGGAGAGGGAAAAGAACAAAGGCUAAUGGCCACAUUUCGCAGAGAAUGGAGACUGAGAGCAAUCCAAUCUCGGAGAGCAGUAGCUCCGACAGUGAAACGGAAGACGAACGAAUAGGCGAGGAGACGCCCUUUCUGAGCAUACAGAACCCAAUGUUGACGAGCGUAGAUUCAGCCCCCGCAUACCGAUUGGCUGAAAGCAGGACUAACUCCACCAAUAGGUACUCGACGCAGGAAGAGUUGCAAGUCAGGCUGUCCAAUGUAAUUGCUAAUCAGGACCCAAUUGCUGUCUAAAAAAACACAUAAAUGCACCAGUAAAACUUUAUUUUAUAUAAUGAAGUACUCCGGAUACUUUACUUUAAAUUAAACAUUUUAUUUUAUUUUAGCAGAAGAACCUUGCAGCUAGUAGAAAGUCUACAAGUUUUUAUAGAUUAAAUAUAUAUAUGUAAAAAGAAAGUUAGCAUUCACAAUACUAAUGUGCCAUAUGUAGCGUUUUUACAGUAUUUCAACACAGAAAGAUAUCAGUGGUGCCUUUAUGUUACUUUAUGCUGAAAGUGGAAUUACUACAUCUGUUGCCAUUUCAUGCUACCUGCUAACAAACCUGAUGAGAAAAGGAAUGUCCGUGAUAUGAGGGAUUUUUAAAUUUCCUCGAAGGUGGAAUUUGGACUGGGGCAGAAGUUUGAGUCAGUUGUUGACAUGAGGAGGUCGGGGGAAAAGAGACUCACGCACAGAGGAGGGAAUGAAGUGGGUGCCUCACUGUGAUCUGCUCGUUCAGUAAUGUUUCACUCCUGUGGUUUCCGACGAGGCUUGAUGGUUUAUAAGAUUAAACAAACCUUCCUGUAAAAAGAGAUCAAAAAUAGGACUUAACAAGAAAACACUAGAGUCUUGUGGCUGUUGAUAUCGAGAUAAACCAUCAGAAACAUGUCACGAGUUCACACAAAGAUGACUUUGAAGGUGAGGAUUCUUUGAAAGCAGUAUGUUACAUUUGGGUAGUUGAAGGGUAAAGCUAUUCACUGAGUUAGAUUAAAUUAUUUCAGUGAAACUGCCUGCUUUAAAAAAGCGGUACCUCUUUCCUUGGUGCUUUUGUAGGGCCAUGUUAUAUUCUGUAAAUACUGCAACUCUUUGGAAAGCCAUCAUAAUAUUCCCCUUUGAAAUAGCAAUCAGGCACUAGACUCAGUUAAAGCUCUCAUCUGAACCUGUCUACAUCACUUGGAAGAGGUUUUGGGUCAAAUCUCUGCACAAUUAAAAGGGUUGCUGCUUGAAAAUAUGUUGACUGAUCUUGACAUGGAAAGGUGAAGAAGUCAGUUACUUGACCUGACUCAGUACUUUCCCUGUGCAGGACAUAAGAUCCUGGCUGAUGGCAGGCAAACAUAAAUAGAACAAGAGAUGGAAGAAUUCUGUUGUUCCCUAUGUUAGGAUUCUGUAAUGGUUUGUGAUGGUUUGGAACAGUAUGUAUAUACUCUUGUCACCAUCUUCGUACUUAAUGCCAUCGGCUGGAGUUGAAAGCAGGGCUCUGUGUCAUAUAAUCUUUACCUUAAUUUAACAGAUGCAUAUAUUGAAAAUAUAAUGGGAUGUGGCAACAUUCAUCUUUUGGGGUAAUGCCAAUUAAAAGCAGCUGGAAAUGCAGAUUACAAUUCACAUAUUGUCAAAAUAUAUAGCAUUGAACCUGCAUUCAGCAAAAGGACAACGUUUCUGAUAUCUUCCUGUGUUUGUGAAACAGACGCAUUAAAAGCCUCUUUCAAAUAAAGUUUCUUUUUCUGUUUAAUUGUGUACUUCAUUAUCAAUCCAGUCAAUAUAGCUGCAAUAACGCCAGUUCCUCCCUUGCAAUAAAGACAUCAGAAUGCCACCUGGCCUCUUAAUCCAUAACCCUCAUCUUCAGAGAUCACAAUUUCUACUGUUCAAACUGAGGAGAUCCAUAGGGGGUCAUAUGGCUUAAAAGGUGAUCAAACUGGCCCUUUGAACUUACUGAAAAUUUGAAUUAUUUAAAAUUGUGAUAAAGUGUUUAUAAUCAGCACCAGUUCAUUUCUGUCACCACAACGAAAUGCAUCAGAAACUUGUGCGUUUUCACUUCAAAGUGUCAACUAUGUGCUUUCAUUGCUUUUAGUGCUGUGUUUUUUAAAAUUCAUUUCGGGCACGUAACUAAUACAGAAGAAGGAUUCUACAAUGUUCACACUCUCAUAACUCCAAUGGAAUUUCUGCAGUUUUGUAGUGAGAAGGUUGGAAGUAUCUGACAGCUAUUUGAAGAGCACUUGGUGAGACUUAACAUUCUUUUCAUUCCCUGUCCCUGCUUCCAAUAUAUCUUGCCAUGUCAAUAGUGAUUCAGUAGAACCUUCAGCUUCAGUAGAAACAUUUGAUGUGUUUGCAAGUGGCAAAGAAACUAUUUGUUUGAUACUUGAAGGGUCAGAGCAAGGAAAGAAGUGUUAGAGAUCACCUAAGAUGGACAACUGAUACAGGGAAAUCGGAUUCUCUCACUUUUAAUUUGUCCUAAACUCCAAACUGAGCAAACACAAAUGCCCAACAAUUGAGAGAAAAUGGACCAAUACAGUUGAGCAAGUGUCUUCACAGCUUCUGACACUCUUUGGAGAGAUCAAAACUGUUUUCCAUUUGUUUAUUACCAAACCCAUUCCACCACCUCCCUUUGCUGACAUGAAACAAGCUUGAAAUCCAUCACUUGAGAUCUUGUACAAGAGUAAUUUUCACAAACUGAAAGCAGUAGGGGUACAUUCAAAAAACAAUUUUAUCUUUUGGGCAGGGGUGGACAGGGAGGGGAGACAAUCUGCAGUGAAAUUAGUUGAGAGUUUUGUUGAGGUGCUUCUCAUCACAUGUUAUACGCUGUUUGCAAUCUUCUAACGUUGAAGAACCGCUGAGCUAUAAGUGAUUGCAAUAAGCAUUAACUGUUAUGGCUUAUCGUGAGCAUGGAAUAUGUCCUCAUCUACAAGGAGAACAUGCAUGUGAUGUUAUAAUUGACCUUUUUAAAUGUGCAUGAGAUGUAAACGAUAAGCAGUAAUCAGCUGGUGGUUCAGACAAACAGUCUUUACACCUUUUGACUGCACCCCUACAGUUUUCAGCAGUAUUCCAGUACUACUCAAUAACUGAUUUACUUAAAGGAAUGUAAUAUUCGCAAAAUGUUGUAUCGGCUAGUUACUUACAUUCUAUAUCAUUCAGAGGCACACAUACCAAGCAGUCAUCAUUGAUGUUAGGGCACUAGAAUACAUAAAAGUGCUGAUACUGUGGACAAACUCUAUUUAACAGCUAGUGUUUAAACAGAUAGACUAUUUUGAAGUAGACACUCGUAACAGGUCCCUUUAAAACAACUAGUCAGACAUAAGACUAAAAGCAGAGAGGGAAUUAAA